AUGCCAUCUGCGAGCAAAGGCAAAGGAAAAGGCCGCGAUGUUCGACCGUCGCGGAGCCGCAACACCACUCCUAGCUCUGGUUUCAGCGCAGCCCCGACCGCAACCUCCGCACCCCUCUCCAGCUAUCUCUACAACGAUGCGUCCAAAUUGAUGAUUCCUGUGACUAUCCAAUAUGGGGAAAUCUUAGAGCGCAUGGGAGGCGUUGGCCCUAUUCCGGACUCAAAGUCACUAGAGUUGUUGAUUGAGCAUCUGAAGUCCCUCGGUGAAUUGGCAGAGGCGCGCGGAGAUGCAUGCAACGCCGGCAUUAGGGAGCUGUCCCAGAAGCGCAAGGAAGUAGUGGAUGAGCCCGAAUAUGACACCGGGGACCGCCCGAAGAUGAAGCGAGAGGCGGAUGAUGAUGAAGAUGACAGUAAAGCAUUCAAGGCAGGAAAAUUGAAGAAGCGGAAGGAACGUGGGAGCAGUUCAAAGGAGGAACGGCCCUUGACCCAUGGGGCACAUGAAAUUAGUCGUCAGGAUGGUGCAGAGACAAAGGUGGAAGGGGCUGCCUCUCCGGCGUCCAAAAAAUCCAAAAAUGCCGCGUCCGAAGAAGCCUCUUCAUUAUCUCCACCAUCAUUGGCAUCACCACGGCCGGCCGGCACCGAUGCAGAUGCAGGUUCGCCCGGGUCAGACGAUAGCUCGGAGUCGCACCAACCUGAACCCGCUCCAUCCGUACCUCAGAUUCAGGUGUUCGGUCCUAAUCCGCUUAAGUUCGAUGAUCCCACCAUAUAUCAUAUCCGAGACGUUGAGCCAGGCAUGACAGAUGAGGAGAAGAAAGAGAUAUACAGCGUUAAUGUGUUCCCUCCAAGCGACUUGCGCCAUCUUAUGGCUGGCAUUCCACCGGACCGGGAUUUUAGCAACUCCAAGCCUACCAAUCAAGUGAACGCCAACACCUUUCUCCUCUACAUUGACCCUUACGUCCGGCCCCUGAUGGAGGAGGAUAUCGCUUUUCUGAAAGAAAAGGGCGACAGAGUUACACCUUUUAUGAUGCCGAAGCGCGGUAAAAAGCAUUAUACCGACGCUUGGGCUGAGGAGGAUGGACUCAUGAACCUCGACCAGCCCAACGGCGAUAAGGAGCGUCUGCCCUUGAACCAGGGCCGCGGGAAUAUCGACCAAGUAACAGACGAGACAGUGGAAACAGACAAGGUCUCCGUCGGUCCGCUGGUCAGCCGUCUCUAUUCCCUACUCCGCUACGAACAUCGCGCGCCCGAGGAGGCAACCACAAACGGAACCACGAACGGAGACGUCUCACUGAACGGCUUGAACGGAGAUUCAAUGGACAUCGACCAUCCAACCGGCGAUCCAGAAUCCAAACCGAAACCCUCUGCAACCUCCUUCCGCGACGCAGACACCAACGGCUUCAAAGUACCCGCCGCAAAACUCGACCACGCGCAGCUAGACGAACGAUUGAAAGCCGAACUCCGCCACGUGGGUUUCCUCAACCCAGACGAUAAUCCUGACUACGAUGCGCAUUACGAUGACGACAUCGCACAGCGCCUCCGCCUCCUCCAGAGCGAGCUCAAGAAACAAAUGAUCAUCAACAGCGCGCGCAAGACACGACUUCUCGAAAUCGCUCGCGAACGCAUGGCUUUCCAGGAAUACAUGACCAUUCACGACGAUCUCGACUCGCAAGUUCAGCAAGCCUACCUCAAGCGCACGCGCACACUGGGGAAGAGCAAGAAGGGCUCGCAGGCGAAACACAGACCAGGCGGUGCAGGCGGUGGAAGCCACGUCGUCAGCGCCGCGGGUAUCAGCCGCCCGGCUAUCGGAGACGUUGCACGGACGCUCAUGGACAGACGCAAGCGCUGGCGGGACUGCAUCGGGCCGGUGUUCAAGGACUGCAAGACGACCGUACCUAGUGCUAACGAGAGCAUCUUUACGCCAUCACUUAUGAGUGAGUAUGAGAAGGCGGAACUUGAUGGGUGGGAAGAGGAACAGGAGUAA